AAAAUUCAAAAGAUUUCCACACAUUCUUUCUGCCUCUUUCCACCUUCUCACCAUCGCUUCUGCACCGAGGGACAAUCAAAAUGACAACUUAUUCCAAUAAAGGAGAAAAGCCGGCACGGGGCCAGUUCCUCCAUUUCCACUCCUUGACCUUCUGGGUUGGCAAUGCCAAGCAGGCUGCUUCGUUUUACUGCAACAAAAUGGGGUUUGAAGAACUGGCAUACAGAGGCUUGGAAACUGGAAGCCGAGAGGUGGCUUCACACGUAAUCAAACAGGAUAAGAUUAUAUUUGUUUUCUCUUCAGCUCUCAACCCUGGAAAUGAAGAAAUGGGAACGCACUUAAUACAGCAUGGAGAUGGGGUCAAAGAUAUUGCCUUUGAAGUAGAGGACUGUGAUUUCAUUGUGCAGAAAGCUCAAGAACGUGGGGCUCGGAUAGUGAGAGAGCCCUGGAUAGAAGAAGACAAGCACGGGAAAGUGAAAUUUGCAGUCGUUCAAACGUAUGGAGACACCACCCACACACUCAUAGAAAAGCAGAACUACAGAGGACUCUACUUGCCUGGGUUUGAAGCCCCUCUCUUUAAGGAUCCACUCUUAAAAAAAUUACCUCCUACAAAACUGAAUUUUAUCGACCACAUUGUGGGGAAUCAGCCUGACCAGGAAAUGCUACCAGUGGUAGAAUGGUACCAGAGAAAUCUCCAGUUUCACCGCUUCUGGUCUGUGGAUGACAAACAGCUGCACACCGAAUUCAGUGCUCUGCGGUCUGUUGUGAUGGCCAAUUAUGAAGAGACUAUCAAAAUGCCCAUUAACGAGCCAGCGAUAGGCAAGAAGAAAUCUCAGAUCCAGGAAUAUGUUGAAUAUUACGGAGGGCCCGGAGUCCAGCACAUUGCUCUGAAUACCUCUGACAUCAUUGCUUCAAUCACAAACUUGAAAGAACGUGGUAUGGAGUUCAUGUCCGUUCCAUCAACCUACUACCAGCAACUCCGGGAGCGGCUGAAGACAGCCAAGAUCAAAGUGAAGGAAAACAUUGAUGAAUUGGAGGAACUCAAAAUCUUAAUUGACUUUGAUGAGAAGGGAUACCUACUUCAGAUCUUCACCAAGCCCAUCCAGGACAGACCAACCGUCUUCCUUGAGGUCAUUCAGCGCUACAACCAUGAGGGAUUUGGCGCAGGAAACUUCAAAUCUUUAUUUGAAGCCAUUGAAGUCGAUCAAGACGCUCGGGGAAACCUCACCAUCCUGACCCCCAACGGAGAGUCCGAGUUUGUGUAACGUCCAUCAGCAAAAACGAAAUGUGCUGGGAAAAGAUUAGGCACUUGCCUUCCACCGAUACCUCUCCUUGUCUGGUCUUUUCCUUUUAGUCAAAUAAAAUACUGGGCUUCC